CCCAACCAUAUACUACACAGACCUCCCCGCCCCAUCGCGCAGAGCGUCAAACGUACCCUUCCUAGCCUCCGCUUCCAGGAUACAACACACCACCUCGCUCACUCACAACAACAAUAAUAGCAACAUGUCGAUGUCGUCCGCCGUAUCGCUCAUGCCGAGGCACAAUAUCUCCAUGAUUCGUCCGAGCAGGACGAUCAGCAUGCCCGUUCGUCAGACGCCGAAACGGGUCCCGCUCCCCCUCCUCACCGUUCCCUCCCAAGCACCCCUCACUUCCACCUCCACCUCCACGUCAUCGUCUUCGUCUGCUGCUACCUACUCGUCCUACGCAUCCGGCUAUGGAGGUGCUAGGUCCGGUCGACGAACCGCCCCCGUGAUGUCGUACGCCAGCGCAGCCUCUCCCUCUUCCUCCGCCUCCGCUUCCCCUCCGGGCCGAACCUCCAUAACCUCCACUUCCACCGCGCCCUCUCAACUCCUCUCCCCCUCGACCACGCUAGCCCAAGAACAACGCGAAGCACGCGCGAAAGCCGUUGCUGUGCUGUUGCUCAACAGGGCGGGCCUGAGCGGAAGGAGACGGAGGACGUAUUUUGGGCCGAGGCAGUAUGUGAGGAGUGGGCUUUCGUCGUGUGUUGUGGUUGCUGAGGAGGGAGCGGAUGGGGAAGGAGGGGUGGAGUUGGUGGGGGGUGAGAUGGAGAAGGUUGGUGUUGUUGAAGGUUCGGACCCUCCGCCGCCCUAA